CCGCGUGGGAGCGCUAGGCCGAGUGGGAGCGCGGCGUGGAGGCCGCGCCGAGCGGAGACCGGGAGCUGGCGGGAGGCUUUCACGAAGCGUUUGGAAACCGGAGUUUUCGAAUGGAGCUAGGUGGCGAAACAGAACAGAACCUGAGGACGCCUGUAAUUCCACAAGGGACGGCGUCGCUUCGUAAAGCAAAGAAAAUCACUGUAAAAACAUGUCUAGAUAAUCCCUUUGUUAUUCAGUGGAAAGCCAUUGAUGGAGAUGGUAUGCAUUUCAUAUUACAGACUUUAGAAGACAAGAUUAAAUGUAUUGGACUUAAAAAGAUAGAGACUCCAAGAAAGAAAAAACGUUCCAUUACAAAAAACCAAACGGAAAGCAAGUGUGAUGAUAGCAACAAUGAACUCCCUGCCAAAGAAGAAACAGAAGGCCAUCGGCACACACCAGGAUGGACUGACAUGGGCAUCAGAAGACAGCUUGCUAUUGGAAUUAAUGAAGUUACAAAAGCAUUGGAGAAAAAUGAACUGCUUCUCUUGCUGGUGUGCAAAUCUGCACAACCUGCCAUGAUCACGUCCCAUCUCAUUCAGCUGAGUGCAAGUCGAGCCACUCCAGCAGGCCAGGUUCCCCGCCUCUGUGAAACAGUCGCACCACUUCUUGGCUUAACAUCCAUUUUAGCACUAGGCUUCAAAAGGCAGUCUGAUAAAUUUACUGAUGUAGUAGAAGCAAUAAUUCCAAAGAUACCUGCUUUGGAAGUGCCGUGGUUUCAGUACCAAACUGUAGGAUCUGCAGCAUGUGCAGAGUUGUCAGAAACUGAUGAAGCUGAGCAGCUUGCAGAGACGCCAGAGGAGGAGCUCACAAGCCAGAAGCGGAAGCGUACAGAAAGCAAUCAGCUCGAUCUUUCACAUGUAAUUUUGCAGCCUUUGAAAAUCAAGAAAGUUGUUCCAAAUCCAAAUAAGAUAAAGAAGCCACCUCGCAGAAAGAAAAAAGCUUUCUCAGCAUAACUGAUUUUAGUUCAGUUCUUCAGAUUACAGUAGUUUUUUUUACAGCCUAUGGAGUCAGCUGUAACUGAACUACUUUGUUAAGCUUUAACAGCGUAAAGCAGUUGAACUCAGGGUUAGCUCAUGUAUGAUGCAUCCAGGUGAGAUUCUUUCUGCUUUAAUAAAGAAUAUGGCUCAAACUUGUGUGUGAGCUUCUGUGUGGAGAUAAACAUUUGAUUUGCAGUUGGAGAUCACAAAGUUGAAACUGUUAAUGAAUGUCUUGAAGUAAUUUGAGGAUAACAAGCACAUCUUUAGAAUUAAUAUAAAGUGCUAAACAAACUUUGUUGUUUUUUCCUUUACAUGAACAUGCUUCAGAGAGAACUGAUUCAAAUUAGUGCCAUUACGCAUUAAAAAAAAAAAAUCAAUACCAAAAUUGAAAGUUUAUUUAAACAAGGUCCAUGCCAGUAUAACUUUUAAAGCUGGUUCAAUGCUUGUUUCAAGUAAACAGCUGUAACAGCACAGGCAGACUUCCUUUCUGAGCUUUUGUUCUUUUCUCUGCUGAACAAUAAGCUUGUUUUGGUCAGGAAUGUAUGCAGGUUUGGACUCCAACACUACCUGGUGCCCGAUAUGCUGAAGGAAAAGUACUAUUUUCAUACACGGAACAAAAUACUGCUGCAUUUUUGAAAAACAAACUUCUAUAUGCAAACUAUUAACGCACAUAUCCCAUGAGAAAACAAACUAAUCUACGCUCAGUUUCUAAAUGGAGUCUAAAAUUAUCAUCCAGGAAGUCCAGAUAUGCCAUGUACCAUUGAAUGUAAAGUAGCAGAUGACAGCUAUAGUCACUAGAACAGACUACAAAUCUUCAGAGUUUCCUUUAGUUUUACUGAUGACUGUGAACAGUUUCUUAAUGAACCUGUUUUGUAGAAAGGAAAUAAAUAGUGCUGCAAUUCAAACUGCAAUCAAAAUGGAUAGCGCAGGAAUUUAUAUGUCACUCUGUAACUAAUAGUCAAUUCUGUGGUACUGUAAAAGAGCUGAGUUACUUUAUUGUUCCUCAAACAUAGAAUUUACACUGUAUUUUUCAGGGCUCUGCUAAUGCAGUCUUCUGGUGCUAUCAGAUAGUUAAUCAGUGUUUUGGAUUUAUUGAGAAGUGACUUAAAUUCACGGUUCCAACUACGAAGGGAGGCAGUAGCAGUGAUUCUAUUGUCAUGAUGCUUCUUGUAAACAAAGCAGACAUUUAAUGCCAAAAUUUUGCCCUUCCUUGCUGAGUGGCAAGGAAAUAAUUAUUUUGCUUUGCUUCAUAGUCCUUCACAGAGGUCAUUUACUUUGGCUUUUUAGAUGCAUAAAAUUGUGAAGGCAUGCUAGAACCCAGCGUAAUUAAAUCCCAUGCUGGCUAACGGUAACAUUUAGCUCUUAUGCUUUCUGUAAAGACUGAGGAUUAGGCUUUGGUAAAGAACAUAAGCACAGCAAUCACUUAUCAAGCACCUUGCUUCCUGUCCAGAUCUACAGCUCUCCCAAAGGAUUUGUGUCCCCUCCACAGAUGCAGAGUUACUUAUUUGCAGAUGUUUCUAAAGACUUGUGGGAAAUGCGGUAGAGUGAGCCUUUCCAAUGCCUUCAAAUUUAAUUUUCAUGAAACCACCUGUUAGUUUUUGCAGUUCUAUCUGGUAGCCAUUCCUAUCAAGCCUAAUGCACAUGCAGGUUCAACACCUGAAACAACACAAGAGCCUCUGUCAGAGCUGACAGCAGCACCCACACCAAUGCCCUGCUCAGGAAGUGAAGGUGGGUUGCCUCAAUUUCUACUCCUGAGUAAUUGCCAGGACACCUUUGAGACUCACAUUCUCUUGAAGCUGUGAUACUUCAGCAAAGCACUUGAGGUAAGGAGCAUGGCUAGCCAUAAGGGUUGAGCACUUGGCAGGGACAGACCUUUUUGGGUUAAACAGCUGUUAAGCAACGCUUUUGUGAAGAGGCUUCUGCAGGAACUGCACCAGCUGCAGCUCAGCUGCCCCCUUUCCUCAUCCUCUCUAGGCCUGCAGUUUUUCAGUCAUAGCUACAGCACUGCAAAGCUUCAGCAGGAGCAUGGCUCUGCCUCCUCUCCCAUAGUCCGCAUGCAGCUGGAGCCAGAAGACAAAUCUGCACCCCUCGGAUUCAUUGUUUUUUGGAGAAGAUGGCAAAAGGGAGGAGUGGCCACACACCUUCCAUCACAGGCAGGCAACCUGAGAUGAAGGCAGAAAGCCAGGCUGCCAGAAAACCAGACUCAGUUCUGUCUUUGGCCUAGGCAUACUUGGUCCCACCACAGCCUAACAACUUUUCCAAACAAUAGGACUGUGGGCAUUUGCCUCUUGAUUUCAGGGAAGAGAGGAGUAAAGAAAAACAAUAAUCUACCAUUUCUUCCACUUGUAAAAUGAGUGCAUCUGGAGCAUCAUAGCCUGCCAGGCUAUGGCUGUUCCUCACAAGGGCACAGGGCCACGCUGAGCAGUUGGGGGGAGCAGGGAGAACCUGCCCUUAGCAUGAGGCAGGAACACCACAUCCUGCUGUCAGCUUCCUGCACAUCCCAGCAUGUUGCUCACCUUCUGGGAGUAAAGAACUCAAGUCUGAUGAAGUUGGGAUCAGUUAUCUAUACCAACAAUUAUUUCAGGCACUUAAUUCUGCUCAAGCUGCACACAGGAAGUCAAAACUUCACCUAUAUAGUCUCCUGUGACUACUAUUAGCAGACAGGUAGAAGAAGGGCCAAAGUUGCAAAGCCUGACUCCACUGCUGCAAGUCCCAAAAAUCCCCUUCCGAGCCCUUGUAUUCACCAGGCCCGAGCUGAUGAGCACAAAGGGAGCAGACAAACCACCAUCAAUCCCUUCCUUUAUGUGAAGGAAGCAAAGGCUUUAAGCACAGAGCUGUAACACAGGAAGGGAAACCAUCCCUGUUUCCAGGGCAGAAUUUUCUCACUGUUCAACAAUAAGAAGAAUCCAAACCACAAACCAUUCAUGCAGGGGAAAUGGAAGGGAGAGGGAAACCCCAAUGCUAUUUGGAGGUGGCUAGGGCUAGCAGUUAUGAAGAACAGACAAAUUUAUCUUCAUCUAAAUUGAUGUUUUCAGGUACAGAAUUCAUCUUUCAGCAGAACUUGCUGUAAGAAUUACAGGCAUGUUUAAAAGGAAAGUUCAGACAUUUGCAUUUCAUGAGAUAUUUGAGUCACAUUCAAAAUAUGCUCACAGCACAGAGGCUUCACUACCACAGUUUGGCACUUUCAGAUAGAACAGCUUCUUACUGCAGAAUUUCUUGGUGCUCACGUUACUGCAGCAUCCAUGAACGGAAAGGACUGCUAUCAAAUCUAACUACAAUGCUAUGCUGGAAUGCAUAUAAAGUGCUUCAGAAGCCAUUCUGGUUGCCGAGCAUUGGAGAGGGAGUUACAACAGCUUACCCAACAACAAACAUCAGCCCUCUUACAUUUCAGGAAGCAGAGUACACAGGCUUCCAAGGACUGAGAGCUUUUCUCUUCUGCUUACCAGCCACAUAGAAUGCAAAACUUCUUGUUCCACAGUCAGGAUAAAAACACUACCAGGAACAAUUUAUGAAUACGUAUUUACACGAGAUACUUUUCAUUAGAAUUACAGACCUCAUAGGAAAUCAAAGUAGACAAAGGAAUAUGUGCCAUUUUGCAGAAGCAUUGAAAACAUUCAAACUAUAAAUAUCCUGAUAGCACUACUAAAAUUCUUAGUUUUACACACAGGCUGAUGUUACUCUACUGAGGAAAAAC